CCUCCUCCUCCUCCUCCUCCUCCUCCGAGGAAUUCUGCCCCUUGUAGCAGUUCUGCCCUCCCCUUUAAAGGUUGACUUGCCCUGCGGCGCUCCACCGCGCUCCAGUCCUCUGGCGCCUCCGGCUCAACCCUUUGCAACGCCCGCCCGACUGCCCGCACCGCGCAGUUCCAGCCGCAAAGCAGAAGGGCGCUCCGAGAGAUGGAGAGCAAAGCCCUGCUCCUGGUGGCCCUGGGAGUUUGGCUCCAGAGUUUGACCGCUUUCCGUGGAGGGGUGGCCGCAGCAGACGUGGGAAGAGAUUUUGCAGACAUCGAAAGUAAAUUUGCCCUAAGAACCCCUGAAGAUACAGCUGAGGACACUUGUCAUCUCAUUCCUGGACUAGCAGACUCUGUGUCUAACUGUCACUUCAACCACAGCAGCAAGACCUUCGUGGUGAUCCAUGGAUGGACGGUGACAGGAAUGUAUGAGAGUUGGGUGCCCAAACUUGUGGCCGCCCUGUACAAGAGAGAACCUGACUCCAAUGUCAUUGUAGUAGACUGGCUGUAUCGGGCCCAGCAGCAUUAUCCUGUGUCAGCUGGCUACACCAAGCUGGUGGGAAAUGAUGUGGCCAGGUUCAUCAACUGGAUGGAGGAAGAGUUUAACUACCCUCUGGACAAUGUCCACCUCUUAGGGUACAGCCUUGGAGCCCACGCUGCUGGGGUGGCAGGAAGUCUGACCAACAAGAAGGUCAAUAGAAUUACUGGCUUGGAUCCAGCUGGGCCUAACUUUGAGUAUGCAGAAGCCCCCAGUCGCCUUUCUCCUGAUGACGCGGAUUUCGUAGAUGUCUUACACACAUUUACCAGGGGGUCACCUGGCCGAAGUAUUGGGAUCCAGAAACCAGUAGGGCAUGUUGACAUUUAUCCCAAUGGAGGAACUUUCCAGCCAGGAUGCAACAUUGGAGAAGCCAUUCGUGUGAUUGCAGAGAAGGGACUUGGGGAUGUGGACCAGCUAGUGAAGUGCUCUCAUGAGCGCUCCAUUCAUCUCUUCAUUGACUCCCUGCUGAAUGAAGAAAACCCCAGCAAGGCUUACAGAUGCAACUCCAAGGAGGCCUUUGAGAAAGGGCUCUGCCUGAGUUGCAGAAAGAAUCGCUGUAACAAUGUGGGCUACGAGAUCAACAAGGUCAGAGCCAAGAGAAGCAGCAAGAUGUACCUGAAGACCCGCUCUCAGAUGCCCUACAAAGUAUUCCAUUACCAAGUCAAGAUUCACUUUUCUGGAACUGAGAAUGACAGGCAACACAACCAGGCCUUCGAGAUUUCUCUGUAUGGCACAGUGGCUGAGAGUGAGAACAUUCCCUUCACCCUGCCCGAGGUCGCCACAAAUAAGACCUACUCCUUCUUGAUUUACACGGAGGUGGACAUCGGAGAACUGCUGAUGAUGAAGCUGAGGUGGAAGAGCGACUCCUACUUCAGCUGGUCCGACUGGUGGAGCAGCCCCGGCUUCGUCAUCGAGAAGAUCCGAGUGAAAGCCGGAGAGACUCAGAAAAAGGUCAUCUUCUGUUCUAGGGAGAAAGUGUCUCAUCUGCAGAAGGGAAAGGACCCUGCGGUGUUUGUGAAAUGCCACGACAAGUCUCUGAAGAGGUCUGGCUGACACUGGACAAACCAAUAAGAGAAGAAAGCGUCUGAGUUCUUUGAAGACUGAAGAAAACGAAGUAAAUUUUAUUUAAAAAAAUACCCUUUUUUGGGUGUUUGAAAGUGGGUUUUCUUGAAUAUUAAUCCCAGCUCUAUCUUGUUAGUUAAAUAGAAGACAGUCUCAAAUAUUAAAAGGUGGCUAACACAAGAUGAGGAAUCUAAUAGCUGAUAGCAGGUCUUCCAACAUCAGAAGACAGCCAGCAGGACAAAAACAUGCCAUCUUGUAUCCCUUAAGAAGGAAUCCUUUGUUCCCAACCAUAUAAGACUCUUUCAUGUGACCCAUUUGGUCAUGGUCUAAAAUUAGUAAGAGCCUCUUAUUUUCAUUAGAACUCUGAGGUUUUAAAUUGAGACCUUUUCAAAGUUUUCCCAAAGUCCAAUCUAGUCAAUGUUUUUUGUGACAUUAGUCAGAUCCAUUUCUUUUGCCAUCAAAACUCUUGGCCUUUGUAACUAGUUCUUUUAUCAUUGGGAUAUAGCCCGUCCCCACCAAAAAAUAAGGUAACCAGGGACAUGUGGACUUGGCAAAAGCAGUGGAAGACAUGGCUCAUGAAGUCCUGACUCUUAGUCCCACUAUGACAAAGUACAAGUCAACAGACAUACACAAUCCAGAUGGAGUAAUUUUUAAUAGACUUGAAUUCGUAUGGCUCAAUCCCUCCAGCUUUUACAAACGCGUGAUAUAUUCUAGCAUUGUUCUUUGGAUAGAUGUUGAAACUGAGCUUGUAGUUCAGGUGACAUAUAAAUUGAGCUGGAAGAAAAUAAUGCCUAGGUUGACUGUACUUCUCUCUUUUGCUUUCUUGAGAAAAAGUCCCACUUGUCCCUCUCUGGAACCAAGCCUGACCUAAAACUAAACUAUGUACUUCAGGCUUGCCUCAAACUCUCAGCCAGUCGGCCUUAGCUUCCUGAGUGCUGGGUGCUUCAUAACCAUAAUUUUAUUAUCAGAUUUUUCUUACUCGUUUUCCUCCAAUUGAACACAUUCAAUACCCAAUAGUAUUUCCUUUGAGACUCACCUCCGCCAUGCCUCUGUCACACUUCUAACAUGUCACAUUAAUUUCUAGUUUAGAUGUGAUCAAGAUCAAACUCUGCACUGUGCAAAGUACAAAGCACCAUUUUUUUUUAAAUCACAUAAAAGUUGAAAUUACUAGGAGACGUGCAUAACAAUGCUUGUAAACUGUUGUGUGCAGAGAGGAAUCCUCAAUUGCAGAAGCCAUAGGAAGUAUCAGGCAUAUUGCCACUGUUUCGUUUUAAGUAAAAAAAAAAAAAUCAAUAAUGAACAAUUAUUUAUGAAUGAGAUCUCAUAUUUUCAGAUUGCUUUUACUAUACAGUAAUAUAAAAUGAUAAAAAAAAAACUUCUAUCUCAGAGGCUAUUGCCGGGAACAGAAACUGUGAAAUGUGUGGGUAUCUGAACACCACCCCACAUGCAAAGCCCCGCAAGAAUACUCAUCAUUCAACGUGAUUCAGAAAGGAAAAGAGUCAAGGGAUAUAUUGAAAUAUGUCAGAGAAGUAGUUCCGGAUAUGCUGGAAUGUUAGCCCUUGAUAGGAGAAAGUUAGUUGUGCCUGUGUCAUAUAGGACAAAAGGGACUGAUUUCAUCAGGCUGAGAGUCAAGUCUAACAAUAAAAUGAUGUAUAAUUUGUCACCGGCAUCGCCAUUAUUGCUAAUUCAUUGCAGUAUAUACAUACAUGCAUACAUAUCUCAAUGAUGCUUUGGCUUUAAAUUUUAUUUAUUGGCUGUAAAUAAUGUGUGGGUGUGUAAGAAAGCUUGUAAACCCUGGAAAGGCUGUUGUGGCUAUCUGCAGUGUAGAUUUGUGGUGCUAACUCUGUGUCCAUCUCCAUCCGUGAUUGUCUGUCUCACUGAGCCAACUCACUCUGAUGAAACAGUACAACAAAAUAGGCUUUUGAAAGAAGAAAAGAAACUCACCUGUGUGAAGAAAUGGAAUCUGCUUUCAAUAAAACUGAGAACAUUUUAUCAUGA